GUCCCGCCCAUACAGUGCUGAGGCUGGCAGUGCAGCCACUCCACACUACAUGAGCAGCGGAGCUCUCCUAACUUAGAGGAAUAUGUUGAUAUGAUCACCGCUGUGAAGGAAACACUGAGACCACGGGACACGGAAGAUUUUCUGCUGCUGCGCUGAGAAAAGCCAAGAGUGGAACCCAGAUCCUGGGCUAAUUAAAUCCACCACCAUCACUGACACCCUGCCUUCCCUCCUCUGGCUGACCAGAAAAAGACCGAACACUGUCCUGAGUAGGACAGUGUCCUCUCCUGCCACCUCAGCCUCCUCCCCCAGCCUCCUCAUGUUCCUGCAGGCGACGCGGAGGGCAGGGCGAGCACACACAGCCUGCCGGCCGGGGUCGCACACUCCGUGUUAGGGAUGGUGCUCCUGAGCAAGCUGGGUCUUGGGGUGUUGACUGUCUGCGUCCUGCUGUGUGUCUACAUCCUGUGUAUACACCUGGACUGGCCCACAGAGCCUCUGAGACAUGGCAGUGGCUCCACACAGGGAACGAGCAGCAGCUCAAGAGACUUUUCUCAAAAAAAGCCUCUUGCCAGACAGAGUGACAGUGACCAGGAGAGGCCUCCACCCGUGACCUCCACCUUUCACCCACAGCUCUCUGCUGGAACAGUUCUUCAUGAACACACACGUGCCACACAGACUCCAACUUUAAGGACUCAAACAUCCACAGCCAUUGGAAAACCAGCAGAGAAGAGAGUCCUGGAUGUCUCCAACUCCACGUCCAGGUCUGAUGGUAUGGGUAGAACCAGGACCAGUACCAAAGGCCCUGCACCGCAGCCUCAACAGCCCACACAGGCAACCAGACCAACAGAGCCUCCCUUUAUCGGGGACACUUACAUGAGUGAAGACAUCCCUCCACAGACAGACUGCCCAGAUGGCAUCCGAAGUCACGUUGCAAACACUGAAUUUGGUGGGCGAUUUCUGAAGCAUGUUCCAGUCCUGCAGUGGGCCAAACAUGUAAAUCCUGAACAACACCAACGCCUGAGCAAGUACCCAGGAGCACAUGGCUGGGGAGGGGUCGACUACAAAACGUUGGUGGAAACGCUCUCUGUCCUCGACUCCCCUGCUAACUGGCAGAUGUUGGACGACUGGAAGGAUCGCAGCAGUAAAUCAAGCUGUAUCCACUGUGCUGUGGUGGGGAACGGAGGGAUACUGAAGGAUUCAAAGAAAGGGAAGGAGAUCGACAGCCAUCACUAUGUCUUCAGGACCAAUGGGGCAAUCACUAGGGGCUUUGAGCAGGAUGUGGGGUCUCGGACCACCCACUACACUUUCUCCACCAACACAUUAAUGAACUCCAUGAGGAGCUACGCAAAAGACGGGUACAGAGGACCCCCUCUGUCUAAGGAAACACGAUACAUCUUUCUGCCUGAUCACAAUCGUGAUUACCUGCUGAUGAAGGCGGCAGCGACUCACAGUGCAGUUGAGAGUGGGCCUGAGCGCGGCAAAGAUCCUUCCAAGUUCUUCGGAGAGGACGUGUCAGCUGAAAAGCUGAAGAUGUACCACCCAGAUUUCAUCCGUUACCUCAGAAACAGAUUCCUCCGAUCUCAUGCUCUGACAACCAAAUAUAAGGACAUUUACCGUCCCUCAACGGGCGCCGUGAUGCUGCUGGCUGCACUGCACACCUGCGACCAGGUGAGUGCGUACGGCUUCAUGACCCCCGACUAUAAGAACUACUCUGACCACUACUAUGACAGCAGCUACCGCCCCGUGGGCUUCUUCAUCAACCACGACCUUCGUAUGGAGAUGACUCUGUGGCAGCAGCUGCACCAGGCUGGCCUCAUUCGACUCUACAUGCACAGUUGAACUCAGGUAAUCCAGGAAUGGUGUUAUCCUGUCUGCACACAGGUUACCAGCAUGAUCAUGGGGAAACUGGAAGUCUGAACACAGGUGACACUGUCUGCCUUUUUUCAAAGUUCACAAUGACUGAACAAAAAAGUGGCUGAAGUUUUCUUUUUAUGGAGGAAACAAAUUUCUUUUAAGCUGCUGUGAUUGUUCAGGAAGUUUAGUUUUAUUUAUAAAAAAAAAAAGGUUUAAAACUUUGUUCCAGAAACCACGGUUUUAGGUUUUUAGAUUUUUAGGUAAAAUAGGACCAGACACUGAGGUCAGACUGGACUUUAGAGCCUAUCGUGCAAUCAUUCUGUGGCUGAAUUAAAGUGGAGUUACUUGUUAGUGUGUGGUGCAGUAUUUUGACAAGGGACAAGACUGCAACUGACUCGGCCACUUGCUUAAAAUACCCUGUCUGCCCGCCCUAAACAGAUGGUUAGAGCACUGCUGGCAGUGGCCAAGGUCUGUUCUUACAUUUACUCACAUUCUGUUUUCUCUCUUGAGUUUGUCUGUAUACAUGUCUGUGUGUGUUUUACUGUGGAAGUUAACCUCACUGAGCGUAACUAUAAAGCUCAUUGGGACAAAUAUUCGAAUGUGAAAGUGUUUGUAGUUAACUUUGAACUUUUUAAGUAACUUAUUUUUCUUCCGUCUUACAUCUUUUAAGCAUAAGUGUUUUACAAGGUGCCACACUGUGAAGAUAAGAACAGUGUGUGGCCUCUACAGGAUGUUCAGUGCCUUUAAUGUGAAUCUGUAGUUAGGAUGAAGCAUUGUGACGGGGGUGAAAUGAUUCAGGACAUCUCCACAACAACAUUAAUACAUCAGUAGCCUUUUCUCUGUGUUUGGAUUAUGAAACCGUUGCCGAGGAUUUGUCUCAUGGAAUCUGUUUGUCCAUCUGCAACACCUGGACUCGUCUCUGAGCUGAGACAACAAAGGGUCUGAGUUCAUCGCGAUUUGUUGUUUCCCUUUGUCUCACACUGAGACAUCACAUCCUUAAUGGCAGGAGUGCACUGUCCGUAUGAUUAAACAGAUGGAGUCGAGUGAAGAGAAAAGAAACCAAAGACACUGUAAAUCAGGGAAUAUUUCAAAUGUACUUUGAACAUGGAACCAAUACGUAUUCAACCCAACGGAUCCAGUCAUCUGAAAUACUGAAUCAUAUCUUUGACCUAAACAUGCAAAAUGUGAAAUUUGUCAAAAAAACAAGCAUACACAUCAACAUAUGUAGACAGAUAAGUUUCCAAUAAUCAAUAAACAUUGAAUGAACAUU